AUGGGGUUAAGGGACAAAUUUCAACGAGGAGCCCACCAAGAGCAUUCUCGUCAAUCACCAGGUGGUGUCAAACAGCUCGUAGAAUCCACCAUUGCAUUUGCUUCUCUGUCGACUUCCACUUCCACAAGUCUACUGGGAGCCACUAUUAAUGCCGCUAAUAUCACUGCGGGAGUUCAAUCUUCACGCGAUCCGGCAUCCGCAACUAACACCCCAAUUGUCCGAACCAAACCCCAUGGGACCAAGCAAUUGGACGAGUCGGAGGAUCUUUGGCUCCAAGCAUGCGACACUUUAAAACUCCAGGAGCCGGAAUUGGCAAAGCUGGACGAAUUUACAAUUCCCUCAAGUCGAUCUGGGGAUAAGAUUGAAAAAGUUGUCAAAGUUGUGAUAGCAGCCAAAACUUUUAUUGGGUUUACUCUUGAAAGUGAGCCACAUGCUGCUAUAGCUUGGGCUGGCGUCUCCAUGUUUCUCCCUGACCCAACCAGUACCGAUGAACAUCGGAGCAGUGCUGUAAAGCUGCAGCUAAAGAAAGCCAUAAUUCAACUAUACACCAAAAUCUUACUUUACGAAGCUCGAGUGAUUGCUCAAUUUUGCGGAAACUCCGUCACCGGGUAUUUUCGAGAUGCCUUGAAACUUAAUGACUGGACAACUAUGUUUAAGAAAAUGAACGAGCUCGAUUACCAAUGCGGAGAUUUGAUCUAUGCUAUUGAUCGUGAUUUAAACUGGAAAAUGGUUGAAAAGCAACAGACCAUGCUAGCUGAAGCGUUGAAUGAAUCAAAAUCCUCGCAGAAGGCCAGAGAUUACCAGGAGAACUUGCAAAUAGAAGGAAAUGGGCCUGGUGUUCUCUGGAUCUCGGCAGAUCCAGGCUAUGGCAGGAGUGUUCUUUCAAAAGCGCUCAUUGAUGAAAAUCUUGUCGUAUCAGACCAAAAUACGGACGUCUGCUACAUCUUUUUCAAGGAUAUCUCGAAAGAGCAGCGGAGUCUUACGAAAGCCCUUGCUGCCUUGCUACAUCAAAUAUUUUCGUCUCAAAAACAACUUCUAGUAUACACGGAGUCUAGUUGUGCAAAGAACAAUACCGAAAUCGCCAAUUUAGCCCAUGAAAUGUGGGAUAUCAUGGAAAAUAUAGCUAUGGGCCCAAACGGCAGAAAUAUAAUAUGUGUACUGGAUGCUCUAGACGAGGUCGACGCUUCCGAACGAAAAUUCUUUCUUAAACAAUUACAAGCAAUGUAUAGGGCUACUGUCCCUGAUGUUGUCACUCAUUCUUCGAGCUCCAGUCUCUCCGAUGUCUCACUUAAAUCACACGUAACUGCUGAUUCAAGAACUUCGACAAUUUCUACUGGCUCACCCAACUUGAAGGUAAAAUUCCUUAUCACAAGUAGGCCUUACUAUGAGAUUGAAGAUGAAUUCAAAAGUCUCACGGAUAUAUUUUCAGUAAUCCGCUUGGCAGGUGAGGAUACUAAGGCAACAAUGAAGGAGGAAAUCAAUCUCGUCAUUGAUGCUGAAGUAGGUAAGCUCAGACUCUCCUUGAAAGCGGAUACUCGGCUUCGCUCUCGAUUGAAGGACAUAGAACAUCGAACGUAUCUCUGGCUACAUCUUAUCAUGGAUACGAAAUGCCUUCGAGCCAAAGCUAGUAGACAAUCAAAGACAUUUGAAAGAAUACUAGACGCGGAAUUGCCUUCUACGAUUGACGUGACCUAUGAGGUGAUUCUGAAUAAGAGUCCUGAUAAGAAAGAGGCCACUAAGUUACUUCACAUUGUGAUCUGUGCAGAGAGACCUUUAGCACUGGAUGGGGUUAACAUUACCUUCAAUGUAGAUGAAUCUUAUGACGGAUCUCCAUCUUUUGAAGAUAUCGAGCUUGAGGAUCCCGAACUAUUCCCCAAAAGAAUUCGGGAUAUUUGUGGUCUUUUUGUUUCCAUUUCCGAUUCUAGAACCGCGAAAGAGUUCCUGAUAGCGAAGGACUCAAAUCUUGCAGCAACAGGCUUGAAACACAGCUUGCACCCAUACGAUUCUCAGUCUGUAUUGACUCAGAUUUGUGUCUCAUACAUCUAUUUCAACACUUUCUCCGAGAUUAAUACCGAAGCUCGGCGCUUUAUAAUAUCGCCUAGAGGCCAAAAACACAUCUCGAAUGAAGACCAAUUCAAGUUUCUGAAAUAUGCAUCAGACUAUUGGAUGGAACAUUAG